AUGGGCAUGUGGUCGAGAGUCGACCGCCUGGCUAGUUGUCCUUCCACUGGAUUCAGCACCGUCCUCGAAGACAUUAGGCUCUCGCGCGAGGCUCGUACGUCCAGCGACAGAUUGUUAUCGGAGCUCUGGCGCCGCGUUCGAGGCAUCCACGAGGCGCACGUGUUCUUCGAUAACGCAGCUGAGUUUAUAGCCCUCGAGACGGAGAUUAAGCGGUUCGUGCGUGUCAACCACACCCUCGGCAUGCACCCACCCCAGUACGGUGACGUCUUGAGCAACGUUGCCGACAUUCUCGGCCUACACCUCAUGGAGGACCUCAUGCCUCCGCAGGGCAAUGGCCCGCUGCCGAUCGUGGCAGACGGACCGGGUAUGGAAAGCGUCGACCAAAACUGCGAGCGCAAUCCCGCCUGCUUGCAGCGUGGCGCCCUUAAUGAGUACCGAAGGCAUGCGAAUCGCACCCUUGAAGCUUCGCCGCAUCUCAUCGUCAGUGACACCACAUUUGCGCAGGCGAUGGAGUACUACAAGACGAAUCUGAUCUCCUCCAUUGUUGUGCGCGCUUACGAUCUAAUGCCUGGUCCUUCAAACUCCUUUAAGAACGAUCUUGCUGGCUUACUGCGCACGGUGCAACACAUGUGGGACGCCGCAACGCGUGAAGUGGAGCGAGAGCAGAAAGACGCGGGAGCUAAAGAUGGGACGGUGGCCUUGAGAGGCGCGAACAUCACCAAUUCAGGCAAGGAGAGGGACGCAUCGUCGUUGCCGUCGAAGCCAUUUCUGCCUUUUAUCAAGGUGACGGAUUUCACUGGACCGCCGAUGCUGAGCCGUGCCCACUCACUCUUCUUCCACGACCAUCCCGAGCCACCGUCGCGCGGCAGCGGCGGUACACACCAACAACCCCUUCAUCGUGUGUUGCCCGCGGCCGUUGUGUACCACUCCAACCCUAGCUGCACGAGCUGCGAGGUGUACGAUCGCGCCUUCGACCUGCUGCCCAGCCUUUUCAAAGGCCUGUGCAGUCACCCACACGUUAGCAUGAUAAGUUGCAGCCCGCUGACGCUCUUCCUGCGCACCACGCAAAUUAGCAUGUUCGAUCUGGUGCCAUCGAUGGACAUCUAUGCGCGGCUGGUGUACUCGCGGGAAGCAGUGCUGCGGACAGCCGACACGAGUGGUUUUUUCUUCUCCAGCGACGGUUCUGAUAGUCUCGAUGACGACGAUAAUGCAGCCGAUGACGCGCGCUUCUACAGUCUCAAGUCCAAGUACAGGUCGCACCGACACGGUAUCGAACGUGAGGUGCUGCCGCGGGACCAGUUCUCGCCAAAUCGCAUUUCCCUCCGUCAAAUAUCGGACGCGUCAAGCGUGGAGGAAGCGUUGACGAGCAUGUUCGCCGAGCUGGUCGAGCACGGGGUUGUGCAGUUUGCAUUCAUUGGCAAGUUGCAGCUGAACCGCAUCUUGAAAAAGAACCAAGAGGUGCUGGAGCGGCUGGAGAAGCGCCAGCGUGAGGAAGGGAGCACAGGAAGCGGCACCGUCGAGCCCACCACAUCGUCGCCGCCGGCGCCAAAUCCGGAGUCGGAUCCGGAGUACCAGAAGGUCGUCACAUUCCAUGAUUUGGCUGCGGAGCUGGUGUCCUCCUUCAUCAAGUCGCACUUUGGAGACGUGUCCCCCUCCAUAAGUCCCCGCAGAUCACCUCGCCACAACGCGCGGAGCGCUGCCUCCUCCUGGUGGUUGUUGCCGAGGCUGAUCGACGCCGCUGUUGUGUUGUGGGACUGCAUCUGGUCAGAGAUGGAGCAUCCCCUCCUCCCCAUACUAUUUGUGCUUCUGUGUGCAGCUCAGCUCGUGUGGAACCGCAUCGAACAGGUGACCUACUGGUGA